AUGACGCCUCUCCCGGACGAUCGCGACCGGCUGAACGCGCCGCUGCUCGGCGCGGACGCGGACCGCGGGGCAGACGAGGCUGGCGAGGCGAGAAUUAGAAUCGAGAUCGACGGCGACGACGACGACGCCGACGUCGACGUCGCGUCCCCGACGCGCGACGCGAAGGAGGAGGAGGACGACGACGACGCGUACCGAUGGCCGCCGCCGUACCUCCCCGCGAGCGCGAACGCUGGGCACGAGACGUUCGAUUACGAGCCGAUGCGCAACGACGUGACGCUCGAGUCGGACUACCUGGACGACCACGACCGCGUCGGGCGAACGACGACGUCGCCGACGCCUCGGAACGCGCGUACUUCGACGACGGAGCGACGCAGGAUAUGGGGCUACACCGGCCUCACCGCGGCGAAGUACGCGAUCGCGCUCGUCGUCGGCGUCGCCGUCGGCCUCAUCGCGUUCGUCAUCGACGUCUCCGUGGACUACGCGUACGACUUCAAAGGGUGGCUCGUGCGUCGGCAUUUCGCAGAAGACGCGUCCUCGCCCGCGCCCGUCUACGCAUACGCCGCGUCGUGCCUCCUCCUCGUCGUCGUCGCGUCGUCGCUCGUGCUGUUCUGGGCGCCGCAAGCCGCGGGUGGCGGCGUAACGCUCGUGAUGGCGACGUUAAACGGAACGCACAUCCCGAGGGCGUUAGGAUGGCGCGCGCUCGUCGCCAAGGUGGUGGGCGUGACGUGCGCGUGCGGAAGCGGGCUCGCGGUGGGGCCGGAGGGGCCGAUGGUGCACAUCGGCGCCGCGGUCGCGUCCGUGGUGACGACCGCGCUGCCGUACUUGUUUUUGGGCGAGGUCCGAGGGAGGGAGAAGAGAUCAGAGAGGGAUAGGGGGCGCGGGGGAGGAGGGAAAGACGGCGGCGACCGCGACCGCGGGGGGAGAGGGGGAGGGGGCGUCGCGGCGGGGAGGAAGGAGAGACGUCGGCGGCGACGCGACGGCGACGGCGACGGCGACGGCGACGGCGACGGCGACGGCGGCGACGGCGAUUGCGACGACGGCGACGCGACGACGGACUUGUACGCGCGGCUCGACGACGCGGAGGCGUUCAACCGUCGAAGAAGCGCUUCGGCGGGGGACGCGCGACGACGCGGCGGCGGCGGCGGCGGACGGAGCGGGAGCGGUCGGCCGCGGCCGCGGCGGCGGACGGUGUGGGGCAGCGGCGUCUCCCUCGACGCCGCCGCGGACGCGCCAAACGGCGGCGCGACGGCCGACGGUUCGUCUUCCCCAAUCGUCGUCGCGCGACGGACGCACUACUCGAGACUCCUCCUGGACCUCGCGUCGCACGCGACGCGGCGGGAGUUCGUUUCCGCGGGCGCCGCCGCCGGCCUCGCCGCCGCGUUCGGCGCGCCCAUCGGCGGCGUCCUCUUCUCCCUCGAGGAGGCGUCGUCGUUCUGGUCGCGGAAGGUGAUGUGGCGGUCGUUCAUCUGCGUCUCCGGCGCGACGUUCGUGCUCGCGCUGCUCCUCGAGCACGGCGAGGCGGGCACGUUGUUCAUGGAGGGGGUGCGACCGGUGGUGGCGACGGACUACCUGAGGCAGCUGCCGCUGUUCGUCGUCACCGCCGCUUUAACGGGCGCCGCGGGCGUCGCGUUCAACUCGCUCCAGGGCGUCCUGACGCGCGUGCGGCCGCGCGACGACGGCGGAAGCAAAGGGCUGCGGCUGCUGGAGUGCGUCCUCGCGACGAUCGCGACGGUGUCGGCGCGAUUCGCGGCGUCGAAGUUUUUCGGCGCGUGCGUCGCGGCGCCGGACGGGUGGCGCGACGGCGGCUUCGGCGUGCGGUUCGCGUGCGACGACGGCCAGGUCAACGACGUCGCGACCGCGAUGUUCUCCUCGCCGAACGACGCGAUCGGAUGGAUGCUCUCGAUGGGAGGGGGGCCUGGUCGAGAGGAGGAGGAGUCCUCGAGGAGUCCGGUCUACGGGUUCACCCCGCGAGGGUUGGGCGCGACGUUCGCGACGUAUCUGCUCAUGAUGGUCGCCGCGUUCGGCACCGCCGUCCCCGGCGGCGUCUUCAUGCCCUCCAUCUUUCUCGGCGCGAGCGGCGGCGGCGCCUGCGGGUUACUCUUCCGCGCGGCGCUCCCGGCGUCGUGGGACGUUCAGCCCGGUCUGUACGCGCUCAUCGGCGCCACCGCGACUUUGGGCGGCGUGUUUCGAUCCAGCAUAUCCCUCGUCGUGAUCAUGGUCGAGGGCACCGGCGGCAUCUCGUUCAUCUUUUGCAUCAUCGUCGCCGUCGUCGUGUCCAACGCCGUUAGCGGAUUCUUCGGCCGCCACGGCGUCUAUCACGCGGAUCUAAAUCGGAGGACCGACCGCGUCGCGUUCCUCAGCGGCGAGCCUCCGAGGGCGCUGAACGCGCUCGCGGCGAGAGACCUCACGGCGGGAGGACCGUCGUCGCGGUUGCGGCGCGUCCACGCGACGCGCACGACGGCGCGCGUCGCUCGCGAGCUGCUGCGCGAUACGACGCACAACGGCUUCCCCGUCGUGGAAGACGACGGCCGGGUCGUCGGCCUGAUCCUCCGGUCGCAGCUCGCGGUGCUGCUUCACGCGCCGCCCGCGCACGCGGCGCCGGGGGCGAGCGCGGACGCGCGGCGGGUUCUGGACGCGUACAUGCGCGUGGCGCACCUUCGCGAGGACGAGCUCCCGCGGCCGAUUCGCAUCGCGGACCGCGUCCGCGGCGUCGUUUCUGGAUCGAAUUCGAAUAAUUCACGCGACGACGACGUCACCGCGAGGGGCGGCACGACGCACUCCGCGGUGACGUCCGAGAGCCUCCGCGCGCACCGACGCCGCGGGUCCUUCGCGGAGCGCGGGAGUCCGUCGAGGCCGGGCGUUCUCGCGUCGUCGUCGUCGCCCGCGCGGGAUCGGUUCUUGUUCGACUCGAUCGAGAGCAGCGGUUUGGAGGGCGGGAACGCGCACGACGAUGACGACGACGGCGACGACGACGACGCGGCGGCGGCGCUGCGGCGGCCGCGCGCGCCGCGCGACAGCGGCGGGUUCGGGUCCGAGAUCGCCGUGGGCCCCGUCGGGAGCCCCCCCCGCGGCGGCGGCGGCGGCGGCGGCGGGGACUUACACUUCGAGUCGCUUCCGGCGUUGGCGCGGGAUGACGUGGCGGAAGAUACGACGCGCGGCGGCGUCGUAUUGGACGACGGCGCGUUGUUGGACGUCGCCGCGUACAUGCGACGGUCGCCGCUGGCGGUGAAGGAGGACUUCCCCGCGACGCGCGUCCACGGGCUGUUCUGCGCGCUGGGUUUGCGGCAUCUGAUCGUGACGGACGACGAGAACGUCGUCGUCGGGGUCAUCACCAGAAAGGACGUCAUGCGCGCGAUCGACCGGCGGUAG